CUCACCUCAGGAGCGCUGAUUUACCUGUUUACAGCCGAUCCGCGGCGUUUCGCGAAGCCUUGAGGGAAAAACUGCUCAGAAGAGGAGGAACUGAGGAUAUUAAUCCCAAACACUUGUGUUUGACGGGCGUUGGUGGCCGCUGUCUGUCAGAAGAGUGCGCUGAGGUAAAAACCAACGGAUUCCAUCAACGUUUCAUUCCGCGAAAAAUAAUCUCUCCGCCGCAGUCUGCGAUUCCGCUGGUUUUAUUAGAAACAACAUCUCCAGAGGUUCCUCUGAUUAUUAUUUCACCGGAUUUUUGCCUGGUUUUGACUGUUUGUAUGAUGGGAAGAAGUAAAAAGACUGCGAGAAGAGAACGAGGUGGAUCGGGAUUCUUAGCGCAGAUGAUAACUGUGCUAGUUUUUACUAUUUUAUCGCUCGUCAACACCGGUUCGGCUCAAGAUGACGACUAUCUGGGAUUGGGUGAACUCCCGGAGACGUUCCCCUCGGAUCCGCCCGAGCCGCUCCCGCACUUCCUGAUGGAGCCAGAGGAGGCGUACAUCAUCAAGAACAAGCCCGUUAACCUGUACUGCAAAGCCACACCAGCCACGCAGAUCUACUUCAAGUGCAACAGCGAGUGGGUCCAUCAGAAGGAGCACACAGUGGAGGAGCGCGUGGACGAGAGCUCGGGUCUGGUGGUGCGAGAGGCCAGUAUCGAGAUCACCCGUCAGCAGGUGGAGGAGCUCUUCGGUCUGGAGGAUUUCUGGUGUCAGUGUGUGGCCUGGAGCUCGGCAGGAACCACCAAGAGCCGUAAAGCCCACGUCCGGAUCGCCUAUCUCAGGAAAACAUUUGACCAGGAGCCUCUGGGGAAGGAAGUGUUGCUCGAACAGGAAGUGCUUCUCCAGUGCCGCCCGCCAGAAGGAAUACCUGCUGCUGAGGUGGAGUGGCUGAAGAACGAGGAGAUCAUCGACCCCGCCGACGACAGGAACUUCUACAUCACCAUCGACCACAACCUGAUCAUCAAACAGGCCCGUCUGUCCGACACCGCCAACUACACCUGCGUCGCCAAGAACAUCGUGGCCAAACGCCGCAGCACGACGGCCACCGUCAUCGUCUACGUGAACGGCGGCUGGUCGACGUGGACGGAGUGGUCGGUGUGCAGCAGUCGCUGUGGGAGGGGCUAUCAGAAGAGGACGCGCAGCUGCACCAAUCCCGCGCCUCUGAACGGAGGAGCCAUCUGUGAGGGUCAAGCCAUCCAGAAACUGGCCUGCAACCCGCUCUGUCCAGUGGACGGUCUGUGGACGCAGUGGAGCAAGUGGUCGACGUGUGGGACAGAGUGCACUCACUGGAGACGGCGCGAGUGCAGCGCUCCGGCCCCCAAAAACGGCGGCAAGGACUGCGAGGGAGCGGUGCUGCAGUCCAAGAACUGUACGGAUGGGCUCUGUAUGCAGAGUUCCUUAUAUCAGAAGUCCUCCGAACCCACAGACAAGAGCAAUGCUCUGCCACAUCCAUCGGCCCCCAGCACAGACGACGUGGCUCUGUACGUGGGCAUCAUCAUCGCCGUCAUCAUGUGUUUGGUCAUUUCCGUCAUCGUGGCGCUGUUCGUCUACCGGAAGAACCAGCGAGACUUUGACUCGGACAUCAUGGAUUCAUCGGCGCUCAACGGAGGAUUCCAGCCGGUCAACAUCAAGACGGCACGCACAGCGGAUCUGCUGACGGCUCCUCCUGACCUGACCUCGGCUGCUGCCAUGUACAGAGGUCCCGUUUACGCUCUGCACGACGUCGCUGAUAAGAUCCCCAUGACCAACUCUCCCCUGCUGGACCCGCUGCCCAACCUGAAGAUCAAGGUGUACAACUCGUCCGGUCUGGUGACGCCGCAGGAGGACCUGUCUGACAUCUCCUCCAAACUCUCGCCCAAACUGCCGCAUGCGCUGAUCGACAGCGACACCAUCAGCCGCCGCACGCAGACGCUGGUGCGCUCCUGGGACCCCUCGUGCACGGCCUUCGGCUCCUUCAACGCCCUCGGGGGCCAUCUGAUCGUGCCCAACUCAGGCGUGAGCUUGUUGGUGCCAGCGGGUGCCAUCCCUCAGGGCCGUGUCUAUGAGAUGUACGUGACGGUUCACAGGAAGGAGAGCAUGAGGUAGGUGGACGACACACAGGAGACGGUCCUGAGUCCGGUGGUCAGCUGCGGUCCUGCUGGAGCUCUCCUGACCCGGCCCGUCAUCAUCACCAUGCACCCCUGCGCCGAGGCUGACAGCGAGGACUGGCUCAUUCAGCUCAAGAGCCAAUCACAGCAGGGCCAGUGGGAGGUGAGUGGGCGGGGCCAGACACACUCAAAUCUGCUCAUCCUGAAUCCCUGGAAAAAUUACGGACAAAGUGUGAGAACCCUGAAAACACAUCAAAUUAGUAGUAUAUGGUCAUUUGACACAAAUGGUGUCAUAAAUUCAGCUUUUUGUGCUCAGAUUCUCAAUAAAACUCUAGUUUCCGGGUUGAUGUGGUGAAUGUCAA